AUGGCGAGACGCUAUGAUAGUCGCACCACCAUCUUCUCUCCUGAAGGUCGUCUCUACCAAGUCGAGUACGCGAUGGAGGCAAUCAGUCAUGCUGGUACCUGCUUAGGUAUACUUUCUACUGAUGGUAUCUUGAUUGCUGCUGAAAAAAGAAAUGUUCACAAGCUGCUUGACGAUACGGUGUUAGCUGAGAAAAUCUAUCGACUCUCAGAAAAUAUCACAUGCACUGUUGCGGGAAUCACUGCUGAUGCCAACAUUCUUAUCAAUCACUUGCGAUGGUAUGCAUGUAUUUCCGCUGCAUGUUCACUG